UCUCAAAUCACCACCAAACAUCCAAUGAAAGACCAACGAGUUUUCAAAAGAAAAAUGUUUCACUGCUCUUUCUUCACCAUCUCUUUUUGCUUCCUCUUCUUCCCCCUGCUCCUGAUACCGCAUGAAAAUUACUCUCCCGUUAAUGCCCUAUCUGUUGAUCUAAUCAACACAACCUGCAAACAAUGUGCCGACAAGUCUACCCUCAUCAACUAUGACUUCUGCUUAACUUCUCUCCAACCAAUCCCCAUCAGCCACAUUGUGAACCUCCAAGGACUUGCACUCAUAGCCAUGGAACUAGCUCUUGAAAAUGCCACCGACACAAUUUCAAGCAUAGAAGAGAUGUUAAGCAGUGGCCAGUUCGAUACUUUUGCCCUUGAGUGCUUAAAAGAUUGCUUGGAACUGUAUGGAGAUAGUGUGCCUAUGUUGGUCAAUUCCAUCGGAGCAUUUUUGUUCGAGGAGUACGAUGCUGCUAGUCUGCUUCUGAGUGCAGUGAUGGAAACAAUGUUGACGUGCGAGGACGGGUUUGGGGAGAAGGGAGAAGUGUCUCCAUUGACAGAGGAGAAUUGCAGUCUCAUGCAGUUGGGUGACAUUGCUCUGUGCAUCAUCAACUUGCUUUCUAUAGCCUUGGAUUCCAAGUUCUCUUGAACUUGCAACUUGAUUGUUUUGCUUAUGCAAGUUCUCUUUCCUCUUCAUAUAUACAUAUAUAUAUUUCAAGUAAUGCAUUAAUUAAUGAUAAUUCAACCUUA